AGGAGAUGGACUUGCCGAUUCGUUGCGUGGAUAUCUAGCAGUGAGGACCGGGGGCCUGAUAGGCUUUUAUCUUCUAAGCUAUUAGUAUUACUUUCUAAGACAUUUGAUGUUUAUAAUCUACUAAUCCGAUUCUGUCCAAGUGGACGCAUGUCUUUCAUAAAUAAUUCUUAUUCGUAGGUGAACAGCAUUGUCCACUGGCGAGGUUUCUACUCCUCAAUCUGCACACCGAUCGCGUGUCGGUGUUAAUGAUACAAUGGCGCUUCGUUGCUAAACAAAAUUGGCGCUUGCUUCGUCAGGGUUUACCAAAAAUUUUGAAAACAAAACAUCUUUCACUAAAUCGUCAAUCGGAGAAUCAAGCGGCGAAAUCGUCACCGGAAAAAAAUGGUGUUUCUCUCUCGCAAAAAGCCUCCACCGCCUCCGCCAUCUUCCUCAUCUGCUCCGCCUCCCAAAUUCCCCCAGCCGCAAAAGAAAUCCACCGAUGAACCCGACGCGGUGGAGAAGAUGACUGCGAUUCUAGCGGAAGCUGGCUGCACACUGAACAACCCGUACGGUCCUCCAUGUCUCCCCUCCGAUCUCCACGCCUUCCGCCGCCAUCUCACGACUCGCUUUUCGUCUUGCUCCGCCGAGAGAGAUAGCGUCAGUGAUCUCCGCUCAGUUUUCGUAGCUGGAUUCUCAUCGUACGUUCAAUCUCCGAGUAAUCUUCGUAGAGUACUUUCCACUUGUUCAUCAACAAAGAGAGACGACUCAUUAGUCCGUAACCUCCUCCUUGUGUCUCCCAUCCAACUUGAUCUACAAGAAACGCUUCUCGAGAAGCUUCCGGAGUACUUCGACGUCGUUUCUGGAUGUUCCCUUGAGGAGGAUGUUGCUCGCCUCAUCAUCAAUCAUUUCCGUUGGCUCGACUUCAUUGCUAAUCCCGAUGUGUUCACCGAUAAGCUGAUGGAAGUUCUAUCGAUCUCUCCUCCGCACUUGAAGAAGGAGAUCAUUGGAUCGUUGCCGGAGAUUAUUGGGGAUCACAUCUCUCGUGCUGUGGUUGAUUCUCUAGAGAAGAUGCUUCAGGAGGAUUCUUCUGUUGUUGUUCCAGUUCUUGAUUCUUUCUCUAACCUCAAUUUAGAUGAUCAAUUGCAAGAACAGGCGCUUACAGUAGCGAUAUCAUGUAUUAGAACAAUCGACGCAGAGCAUAUGCCGUAUCUACUUAGGUUCUUGCUUCUUGCUGCUACUCAAGCAAAUGUUAGAAGAAUAAUCUCCCAGAUACGCCAACAGUUGAAGUUCACCGGAAUCUCACAACCUUGUGCUUCUCAAAACAAACUCAAAGGAAAAGCACCUGCAUAUAAUUCAGAAGGUUCUAUUCUCCAUGCUUUGAGAUCAAGCCUUCGGUUUAAGAAUAUACUCUGUCAAGAAAUCAUAAAGGACCUGAAUGGUCUGGAGAAACCUCGAGAUUUCAAGGUAAUCGAUAUAUGGCUGCUUAUUCUCAUGUAUAUGAAUGGGGAUCCCAUCAGGAAGAGCAUCGAGAAGAUAUUUAAGAAGAAAGUGGUUGAUGGAUGCAUACAAGAAGCCUUGCUUGAUCAAUGUAUAUGUGGCAAUAAAGAGUUUGUGAAGGAUAAUUUUGGAUCGUUUAUUUCUUUGGCUGAACACCUCUUGUCAAGCAAAGAAGAAAAAGCAAGGGAGUUUGGCUCGCAUAUCUAUACUCGUCUUUUUGAAGGAUUUGCUGACAAUUAUUCCAGACAAGAGAUACUAGGUGCCCUAGUGACACAUGUGGGAUCUGAUAACAAAUUUGAGGUCAGUUCAGUCCUAGAGAUGAUGACGGUUCUGGUGAAAAAAUAUGCACAGCAACUCCUUCCCUUUUCUUCUCACAUAAAUGGUAUUUUGGACUACUUGGAGGGAUUUACCGUGGAAAAUUUGCAUAAGGUCUAUGAGGUUUUCAGUCUCCUCGCACUAUCAGCUCGUGCAAGUCCUGAUUCUUUUCGAUCUUCAGUUUCGAAUGAACUUAUGAUGAUAGUAAGGAAGCAGAUUAGUCAUCCAGAGCUCAAGUACCAAAAGAUGGGAUUAGUUGGAACUCUAAGGAUUGUUUCAUCACUUGGGGAUGCAACCAGUGUUCCGGACUGUUCAUCAUCUCAGGUUUCAGAUUGUGGGGAGAUUUUGGAGCUCUUAAAGACAUCUGUAGACUCUUGCAGACAGUCUAACUUAGCCCUAAUUAUUUUCUAUGAUGAGUUCGCUGCCAUUCUCAACCAGAAACUACUUCAGCCAGAAAUUAUGGAGUGGAUUGGGAAGCAUCUGGGAGAAUUUGAGUCACUAUUUCUGGCCGAUCUUGACAACGGAGAAAUGGCUAAUAAGAGUUCAUAUUCUGGACUAGAAGGGGAUCUUUGGAUGAACUUGGAUGGUAGUAUAUCACCAAUCUGUUUGAACAUUUUGGCCCUGGCAUCUUCAUCCUCAGAGUCUUGUUGUCUGCAGAUUCUUCCUUCAAAUUUUCUUUUGCUAUCAUCUGUUGAGAGGUUGACAAAUGGUGGAUCCCUUGCUGGAAUUGAUGCUCUGCUCGGAUGCCCUUUGCACCUUCCUUCUUCCAAGUACUUUGCUGCAGCUGGAUGGCAAUCUCUGACAAAAAAGCAGAGAGAAAUUCUCUCUCUCUCUUUAUAUUAUGCUGCAAACUGGAUACGAGAACUCCUUAACGCCUUCAGUUCCCAAAUUGACAAAAGGGAUGGCUGCAUUAGUCAGGCUACAGAAAAGGAUGUGACAACAAAGCUUCUGAUGCGACUCAGAAAUCUAAUAUUCUUGGAAAGCUUAUUGAACAAUUUGAUUACGCUAUCUCCUCAGUCUCUACCGGAGCUCCACCCUUAUUCAGCCACAAGUCAACAUACUGAGCAUCCAGAGAGGAAAAAUGAGAAGAGGAAACUACAAGAUGAUGAUGCUUCCCAACGCAAGGGAAACAUGAAAAAUAAAUUCAAAAAAUCAAAGCAGCCAAGUGUUGAUGAACACUUGCGACAGCCAACUAUUUUGGACGCUUUCAAGAAAGCAGGAGUAGUUACGAGUCAAACACAGCUACAUGAAAAUCCUUCCCCUUCAUCGUUAGAUGGCAGGAUAGCGUCAGGGUCAAUGCAUGAAACUUGUUCUGGUGAUGAAUCUCUAAGUGUAAAGAUUCCUCAACUUUCCCCGGCCCUUGCAGCCCAAAGAUUCAAAUUCAGGCCUCUUCUUCCUCAAUGCCUUUCCAUCCUAAAAUUUCCAAAGGUGCAGAGCCAAAAUAUACGAAACCCUGAAUAUAAAACUGAGCUACCCCUGUAUUUGUAUCUCUUACAAGAUCUUCAUACCAAGCUGGAUAGUCUUGUUCCUCCUGGUAAACUACUUCCUUUCAAACGUGGAAGCCCUCCAGGAAAUUUAGGGAGGUUCAAAUUGGUUGAACUUGUCAGUCAAAUAAAAGGACUUUUUCCAAGCCUCAGGAUGCAUUUGAAUACAGCAAUGUCCUUACUGAUAAAAGGUGAGGAAACUUCUCAAACUAUUUGGAGAGAUGAGUUUGCUAAGGCGGGAAAUCCGAACACAUCCAAUAUAGUAGUGUCUGAUUCUCUGAUUUACACAAUGGUGUGCAAAGAAGUUUUAUUAUGUUUCAGCAAGAUGUUGACCCUCCCUGGGUUCGAAACAGACAAAUCGCUGCUACUGGAUCUUCUGGAAGCCUUCCAGCCCACCGACAUUCCAGUUGAUAGCUUCGCGGAUCUGCAACCUUUCCCUUCACCUGGAACAAAGGACUACUUGUUUAUUGGCGUCUAUUGUUUCUUUGAAGAUAUUUUAAACAACGCUUGUUCUUUCUCGUUUGAUCUGGCCUUCGAAUGUCUUCUAACUCUACAGUUAGUGGUGACCUCAGCACAAAAAUAUAUUGGUAAGGUAUCUGAAGAAGUUAUUAAGAAGAGAUGUGUAGGUCCCAUUCAGGGUCUUGUACCCAGCCUGCAUGCCAAACUGGGAACUUCGGCUGAGAAACUUCUCAGGCAUGAAUGGAUUGAUGAAACUACUGAUAACAAGGGUUUGAAGAACAAAUGUGAAAUGGUGCAGAACAUAUUGCGAAUAUACCUGGAAACCAGUGGAUCCACAUCUGAUUUGCUCGAUGAACUUGCUUGUACCAUUUUGCCUCAGGCCUCUCUAUCCAAGUCAACAGGAGAAGAUGAUGCUCAUGAUCAUGAAUUCCCUACACUAUGUUCAGCGACUUUCAGAGGAUGGUACAAGACAUUGCAUGAAGAAAAUCUCGCAAUUCUCAACAAACUGGUGAAGGUUGUUAGCUCAGAGAAACGGCAAAACUGUCAAUCUGAAGCUACCGAAGCACACUUAAGAGACAUUCAGAAGACUGUAAAUGUGAUAGUGUCUUUAGUCAACUUGUGUCGCUCGCAUGAUAAGGUUACAAUCCACGGAAUGGCUAUCAAGUAUGGUGGGAAGUAUGUGGACUCAUUUCUAAAAGUUUUUGAUUUCCUGGAAGCACAUAUUCAAGAUCAUAACGAAUUAGUCAUCCAGCUGGUCAAAGAUCUCCAAAAGGCUACAAGAACAUUACAGACUCUAUGUUCUGAAGCUAAGGGUAUGAAACAAACAGCCAUCACCAGCAAAAUACCAGCAACGAAGCGAUCUUUAGAGCGCUUUCUGUUUCACGUGAAGGCUCUUCUCCAUACAACGUCACGCGGCUCCAACUUCUGGAUGGGUAGCUUGAAACACAAGGACUUGAGAGGACAAAUAGUGAGUUCUCAGGCUUAUGUAGAUAACGAAACAGAUGAGGUAGAAGAAGAAACCAUGUCCGGAGGAGAAGAUCCCAUGGAAGCGGAUGAACUUCCCUUGUCACCUUAAGAUUGCUAAUAACUUAGUUUCUACGUUGAUCAAUUUUUUAUCUUCCUAAUUUCCGUAGCUCAGUGAGAUUGGAUCUAGAUGAACACAAAAACUUGUGUUUGUUUCUCACACUAUACUUCACUUAUAUAGUUAUUUUUGUUU